CAACAGCUGAUUCCACCAGGGCAAAAGCAGGCUACCAAGCCAGGCCGGCAGACGCGUCCAGCACCCCGCACCCCUUUGUGCGCAGGGGCACCAUGAGCGGCCGAGUUGGGGAUCUGAGCCCCGCGCAGCAGGAGGCACUGGCCAAGUUCCGAGAGAACCUGCAGGACCUGCUGCCUGCGCUGCCCAAGGCUGAUGACUACUUCCUGCUGCGUUGGCUUCGAGCUCGGAACUUUGACCUGCAGAAGUCCCAAGACAUGCUCCGGAAGCACAUGGAAUUCCGGAAACAACAGGACCUGGACAACAUCCUCAAGUGGCAGCCCUCAGAGGUGAUCCAGCUCUACGAUUCGGGUGGCCUGUGUGGCUAUGACUACGAAGGCUGCCCUGUGUGGUUUGACAUCAUUGGGACCCUGGACCCCAAGGGCCUCCUGCUGUCAGCCUCCAAGCAGGAGCUGGUCCGGAAGCGGAUCAAGGCCUGUGAGCUCCUGCAGCAUGAGUGUGAGCAGCAGAGUCAGAAGCUGGGUAAAAAGAUCGAGUUGGUGCUGAUGGUGUUCGAUAUGGAAGGCCUGAGUCUAAAGCAUCUGUGGAAGCCAGCCGUGGAGGUGUACCAGCAGUUUUUCGCCAUGCUGGAGGCUAAUUACCCUGAGACGCUGAAGCACUUAAUUGUGGUUCGAGCCCCCAAGCUGUUCCCAGUGGCCUUCAACUUGGUCAAGUCGUUCAUGAGUGAGGCAACACGCAGGAAGAUGGUGAUCCUGGGGGACAACUGGAAGCAGGAACUACACAGGUUCAUCAGCCCCGACCAGCUGCCCAUGGAGUUUGGGGGAACCAUGACUGACCCUGACGGCAACCCCAAGUGCCUGACCAAGAUCAACUAUGGGGGCGAGGUGCCUCAGAGCUACCACAGGCGCAAUCAGGAAAGGCUGCAGUAUGAGCACUCAGUGUCUGUGGGACGUGGCUCCUCCCAGCAGGUGGAGAAUGAGAUCCUGUUUCCGGGCUGUGUACUGAGGUGGCAGUUUGCCUCGGAUGGUGGGGACAUCGGUUUCGGGGUCUUCCUGAAGACCAAGUUGGGGGAGCGGCAGCGGGCAGGGGAGAUGACGGAGGUGCUGGCCAGCCAGCGCUACAAUGCCCACCUGGUGCCUGAGGACGGGAGCCUCACCUGCAACGAGGCCGGUGUGUACGUCCUGCGUUUCGACAACACCUACAGCCUGGUGUACGCCAAGAAGGUCAGCUACACCGUGGAGGUGCUGCUCCCUGACAAAGCCUCCGAGGAGACGCUACAGGCACUCAGGACCACAAACUCCUCUUCUAGGCACUGAAGGCACUGGCCACCCUCUCUCUCUCUCUCU